GAACGUUUUAUAGACCAGUUAAUUUGGUUAAUUUAGUGCAAAUGUGUGUUUAGAAAUAAUGGGUGUCAUAUAAUAUUUUGCACAAUAUUCGCAUCAGUCUAUACUAAACUGACUACCAGCCAAAAAUUCAGCUGUAUUAAAAUAAAGUGUCUGUGCGUUGUGUAUGUAGUAUAUGAUAAUUUUUAUUUUUAGUUGGUGUAAAUUUACAUAUGUACAGUGAAAAAAUACGGUUCUAAACAGACUAAAAUAUGAACUACUCUAGCCGCUUUCUUUUGAAACUAGUGAACGUACGGCCAUAAUAAAAUACAAAUGGGUUAGCAUCGAACAAAUAAACCGUAAAAUACGCUCAUAAUAAACCACCAAAAUUAAAGAAAAAACACAAAAUAAUGUCAAAAGGAGAGAAUGAGACUGAGAAAAAUUAAGAGAAGUCAUCAUGGAAGCGGUUGGAGGGUAAUAAGGAGAUGUGUGAUAUUUUUUACAGCUAUUUGCUUUGUACCGGUUUUUUUGGUCUUUAUGGUUGCUACCGAUCAUUAUGUUAGACCUGAUAGACACAGACUGUCUUUUAGCAUGCAAAAGCCUUUUAGAGAUUAUCCAGAUGCACACGUAGCAUCUUUAAAAAACCAUAGUAUGCCUCGAGUACUAAACCGACUAGAAAACCGCCAUAAGCAUUUAAAAAGAGCUUGUCAUAUUCUCGGCCUAGAUAAGCCUGGCAACGAUUCCUUACAUAAGCCUAAUCCUUGGGAGUACUUGGUUGACAAUAAGCAUCAUUUGGUUUGGUGUAACGUUUUUAAGGCCGCCAGUACUUCGUGGAUGUAUAAUUUUAAUAUUUUAGCUGGUUAUCCUAAGAAUUUUCUUCAAAAAAGCCACACACCGCCUUUAACAUUAGCUAGGAAAAAAUACGGCCGUCCAACUUUAGAAACUUUACAAAAAGCUUUAGGAGAUAAUAACGCGGUUUCUUUCCUUAUUGUACGACAUCCCUUGGAGCGACUGUUAUCGGCUUAUAGAGAUAAAAUACAGUACGCGGUUGCUAGCUCCUACCACUUUAAGUUGGGAAAAGAUAUUAUCAAGAGGUACCGAAAAAAUAAGAAUGCUUAUCGACCACGAUAUCCAACUUAUUCGGAAUUUGUACAGUGGCUAGUCGAUUCGGCAAGUAGAGGAAAACCGCUGGAUAUGCAUUGGACUCCUGUUACUGAGUUCUGUACUCCAUGCAUGUUCAAUAUAAAGUUUAUUGCUCAUACAGAAACGUUGGAAGAAGACCAGGAGUAUAUUAUAAAACAUGCUGGCCUACAAGAUGUUAUAAGGCCUGAAUGGAGAAAUGCUGGAAAAGGAUCCACAACGGCUCAUAUUUCGAGCCAUUACUCUCAGCUUACUAGAUCUCAGAUUUUGCAACUUUAUCAUAUCUUUAGGUUUGACUUUGAACUUUUCAACUACUCGUUAACUGGUUACUUAGAGGUAGGUCAACCCGACCAAGAUCCAUCCGCGCUUCUGGCUGCGAUAACUCUUAAAGAUAAUAAUCCUAAUUCAAUACCACAUAUUUACUAACAGACACGCAUUAUUGUUGAAUUUUAAAUAUACAUUUUGUUAAAUAGA